GGAGCCAGUUUUCGUAUCGUAAUACUCCUUAAAAAAGAAAACCUUCGGUACACUCUCUCUCUCUCUUCUUCUCUGAUCAACUCCUCUGCAACUCUUCCUCUCUCUGCUCUCUCGGUACUCCCUCUCUGUGGAUGGAAGGAAGCAUUUCGAGUGACAAUGGCAGAGAUGAUCCCGAUUUUGGGAUCUUCUGUUUCUGUGGAGAACCAGCAACGUUGAGAAAAUCUACAACACGAACCAACCCAGGUCGAAGGUUCUUCGGGUGUCCAAACUAUGAGACAAGAAAGGCUUGUGGGUUCUUUUGCUGGUAUGAGCCUUCUAUUGGGCAAGCAAGGAGUGAUUUAGGGCCAAUGAGGGCUCAGACAAAAACGAAGGCUUUGAGGGCUGUUGAACAGUGUGAGAGUUCGAAGAAGAGGAAAACAACUACCAUUACGUCUGACAGUGCGACCAUCAUGGACCGUUCCGUCUGGAGAAACCUUCCGCCGGAGAUCAUCGGCCGCGUACUCUCUCUCCUACCGGUGAAGUGUCUCUGCCGAUUCAAGUGCGUCUCUCCCUCGUGGGAUUCCCUAAUCUCUUCCCCCCAUUUCGCCAAAACCCACCUUCACAUAACCAAUAACACCCCGAACAAACCCCAAAAGACCCUCCUCAUUUCCAGCUCCCGGGCCCUCUCCCGCGACCUCUACUCCGUCGAUUUUGCCGCUGCAAACCCGACCGCAGAAAAGCUCGAUUUUGCGCUCCCCGUCCGAGACCGCACCAACCGGGUCCGUGGUUGGGGCUCUUGCAACGGUUUGGUUCUGGUUUCCGAUGAAGGGUUGGCUGAAGUUUGCGAGGAUGGGAUUCUAGUUCCCGAUGGAGGUGUUAAUUACAACCUCUUCUUGUUCAAUCCAUUCACUACAGAAUGUAAGGAACUGCCCGAUUCCCAUGUGCUUGACCUAUGUUCUCUUGACGAUAUCCACUUUAUUGUGAAUGGAGUGGGUUAUGAUUCGUCUACCGAUGAUUACAAGGUUGUCAUGCUCCAUUCCCGUGAGGUUAUUGAUUAUAAUGGCAUUUCUAAUAGUACUCGUGUGGCUGUCUAUUCGCUGAAAACUGAUGGUUGGAGGAGAUUUCAAGAUUUACGUUAUAACCCUAUGGAACAUCUUCAUGGGGUUUGCUUUAAUGAGCGUCUGCAUUGGCUUUGCCGGAGGACCAAUGGUUCUAAAGUUGUUGUUUCUUUUGAUUUGUCGGAUGAGAUUUUCAGGGAAGUGCACCUGCCUGCUUCGUUUGAUAAUUAUUAUAGGUGUUUGUAUCACUUUAGGGUGGUUCUUGCGAGUUGUCUUUGUUUGGUUGUUUCGCGCUAUGAAGGCGGCGAAAUUGAUGUUUGGAUGAUGAUGAAGUACGGGGUAAGAGAGUCGUGGACCAAAUUUACGAUUGCUAAUCACGGGAUGCCUCUAGGGGAUGUGUUGUAUUUGGCAGUAGAAGAGGAAUUUGUAUUGAGAAUGAUAGAAGAUAUCGGAGAAAAGAUACAACCGGUUCGAGAGAAACUAGUAGUAUACAGUCCAAAAAACAAAACACUGAGGGACAUCAUGGUUUGUGGCAUUCCUACUAAAUAUACAGUUGGAGGCAACUACAUCGAGACCCUCGUCUCCCCUAAUCGUGGAGCGGUGGAGGACAGAUUUGGAGACAAUAUGAAGCUUCUUUAGGUGAAAGUUUGAAGAGUUAUCAGUUGAUAGCGAAGGAACGUCCAAUCUCUAAUCCUGCAAAUUGAACGCUGUGUAACAGUACAUGACAGUUCACCGGGGAACCAUGUUCUAUCUAGAUGUGCUCUUCAGCCCUUCUUCUCACCCUUUUGACGGCACUCUUUUGGGGCUUGAUUUCAACUGAAACUUCUUUUUUGUUAAUCUGUGUUCUUGUGACUUUAGUUUCAUAUAUUGGCUAGAAGCUGCUUUUUUGUUGUGUGGUAUUCCACGACUGUUCUGUUAUUAACCUUUGGGAAGUAACGUGGAUAGCUUUAAUAUGUAGUAUUGUCAUCCCCAAAUUGUGAAGCUCGGAAGAUUACUCUGCUUUCACAAAGAAAGUGGGAAAUGCUAUUUUUCA